UCUUGCUCAAAAAGCUUUGACAAAAACACAACUACCAGGAAAUGCAUAUCCAUAGUUGGAACCAGGAAAACAUUCGUCUUUUUUUGAAUGUCAGGUACUGUUCAUACAAGGGGCGUGUUUGCGAUAAGAAUACUGUUUGAUUUACACAGCGUACUUAGUUGUGAAGUUUAUUUUUUCAGCAGAUCGCGCUCACAGGUGACAAAGCAAUGGACAGAGCAAAGUCAGUAGCAGAUACAAACCGAAACAGAGGUUACACUGGCUUAUUGUGAAAAUGGACGCAAUUCUUAGAUUAAUGUAUACGUUUUUUCUAUACGUUUAACUUGUUUUUAUGUUAUGUGUAUCGCCUAGGGGUCAGGUUCACGGUGAGUAACCAUGGGUAAUAUUAAUUUGAAACAAACAUGUCCCUGUUUGCUGAACCGCUGCCCUUGCCUAUUUAGAGAAACGAGAUACGAAGAAAGUGAAGUUGACAACAAUACGUGUGGUAUAUCAACUAAUACCCUAGCGACAAAAGCUUUGCCACCCUUACCCCCACCAGACCCAAGCCGCUGCUUUGUAGCCCUGUUUGACUACAAGGCUAGGACCGAGGAAGACCUGAGUUUCAACGAAGGGGACAAGCUAGAAGUGCUGAACUCCGGUACUGGUGAUUGGUGGCUGGCCAGAGCACUGAAGGAGACGUCUGAGAAGAAAGAAGGAUAUAUUCCUGCCAAUUAUGUUGCGCCCAUUGAAAGCAUUGAAUCUGCACCAUGGUUCUUUGGAGGAAUAAAACGAGCUGAUGCAGAAAAAGUGCUCCUGUCGCUAGGAAAUGGAACUGGCACUUUCCUUAUUCGAGAGAGUGAAACUCAGAAAGGAGACUAUUCACUAUCAAUUUUGGAUAAUUCCAUUGUGAAGCACUACAAAAUACGGAAGCGGGAUGUUGGGGGUUAUUUUAUAGCUAAAACAAAAGCAUUUACCACAUUAAGGGAGCUUGUAGAGCACUACUCAACCACUGUGGACGGCCUCUGUGUGAAGCUUGGAUCACCAUGCAGGAAGCUGGAGAUUCCCCAGACCCAUGGUUUGUCCUACAACACAGUAGACCAUUGGGAAAUUCCCCGUUCUUCUGUGAAGCUACUCACAAAAUUGGGAUCUGGUCAGUUCGGGGAUGUGCAUGAAGGACUGUGGAAUGAGACUACACCUGUUGCAGUGAAAACACUGAAGCCAGGGACUAUGGACCCCAAGGACUUCCUUAGAGAGGCACAGAUUAUGAAGAAGCUGAUACACCCCAAGCUUAUCCAGCUGUACGCUGUUUGCACUUUACAGGAGCCAAUUUACAUCAUCACAGAGCUGAUGAAAAACGGAAGCCUACUGGAAUACCUUCAGAAGGAUGGAGGGAGGCAGCUCCGUAUUUCUGACCAGAUAGAAGAGGCUGCUCAAGUGGCUGCAGGAAUGGCUUACCUAGAAUCCCAGAACUAUAUCCACAGGGAUUUGGCUGCCAGAAACGUUCUAGUUGGUGAAAAUAACAUCUGCAAAGUAGCUGACUUUGGACUUGCCAGAGUAUUCAUGGCGGAGAAUGAAGGAGUAUAUGAGGCUAAAAUUGGAACUAAAUUCCCUGUGAAAUGGACGGCACCGGAAGCAAUCAAUUUAAACAAGUUUUCUAUCAAAUCUGAUGUGUGGUCCUUUGGAAUCCUACUGUAUGAAAUAGUGACCUUCGCAAAGAUGCCUUAUGCUGGCCUGACAAACUACCAGGUGAUCCAGGAGCUGGCCAAGGGGUACAGGAUGCCCUGCCCCCCUGGCUGUCCCCCGCAGCUUUAUGAGAUCAUGAUUGAGUGCUGGAAAGAUGAUGCGAAUGAAAGGCCCACAUUUGAAACGCUGCAGUGGAAACUUGAAGACUUUUUUGAUUUAGAUGCCACGUCCUACCAAGAUGCUUCUGCUUACUAUGGAAAAUAACUUAAGGAAUUGUAUAACCCCCAUGUAAAUUCACUUAGAAAAAGUCAACCACUGUAAUUUUGACCAUAGUAAAUUUGCACUGUAAUUUAUGCAAUUUACUGCUGUUUCCCAGUGCCACCCAAUACUCAAAUGUAUGUAUUCACCUAGGAUUUAGUCUGUAAUAUAAACUGCUAUAAAUACUAGCUGUUUAUAUCCAUUGACCAGAAUGGGAAACAUGACAUAAAUACCAUUAAGCACAGGGCACUGUUGAAGCAACUCGUUUUGUAUCACAUUUUUAAUCAGUUUUCACCAAUUUGCUUAAAAUUGUUUUUGCUUGAACUCACACAGCUAAAAUGGUAGAAAAGGUCCCCUGAAAAAUUGCCUUAUGUUUCAUGAGUUUUAAGGUACUAGAUUUUAAUAUUGGAAAGAAAGGAGUAUGAUACAUGAAUUGGUCACAUUUUUUAAAUCCAAUGCUGAAUUCUAUGUAAUCCACUUUUAAAGCUGAAAUUUUAGACUGUGACUUUUGCCGAUGAGCAUUUUUUGAUUUGUAGUAAAUAUUUGUAUUCAUGCUAAUUUAGAUAUCACUAGUGUGUUAUACAUAAAUUUUUGUAUUGAUGUAUGUUCAUUGAUCUGCUACUGUUUAAAGGUAGACUGAUUCGCCUGCAGGCUGGACCUACACAAAGAUUUAUACCUCAAACCAACCUCAUUCAUCUGUUGUAAAACCUUGCUGAUUCUAGGUUAUCUGCUUGUUUGAAUGAUAUUGUCAUUUGAAUGACUAAAACUUUCUCUUUGAAUUCCAAAAAGUCUGAAAUUAUUUUGGUAGGCACUAGGAAACAACGUCAAACUACAUCACAAUCCCCGAUUUGUGGUCAUAUCAUUGUUGUAUCCACAUCAGCCAGGAAUCUGGGAGUAAUCUUACAUUCUGCUCUUGGUUUUGAGGCUGAUGUUUCGUCGGUGGUUAAGUCUUCUUCCUACCACUUGCAAAACAUCGCUAGAGUUCGCUGUUACCUUAUACAAAAGGAUGCUGAGAUUCUAAUCCAUGCUUUAGUAACAUUGCGUAUUGAUUACUGUAAUGCAUUGCUGAUUGGGCUGCCUUCUCACCUGGUGAACCGGUUACAACUGGUCCAAAAUGCAGCUGCACGAAUAUUGACUGGUAUAAAAAGGACUGAGCUUAUUACACCUGUUGGAAAAUUUACACUGGCUGCCCGUCAAGUUUCAUAUUACAUUUAAAAUCCUACUCUUGACUUGUAAGGCUGUUUGCGGAAUAGGGCCUACAUGUUUGUAUGAAUUGCCUCAUCCCUAUAUCCCUAGACGUCAGCUAAGUGUUAUGUUGCUGACCAUUCCCUUAUUCAGGUAGGUCACUCUGGGAGGUCAAAGUUUUUCUACUUAUGCUCCCUCCUUCUGGAAUUCCCUGCCACCAGUUGUCAGAAACUCUGACACUGGAAGAAUUUAAAUCUUUAUUAAGUACUUAGUAAUGACUUUUUUUCCAAGCUUAUGGAAAAUAAAUCUUCUAUAUUUUAAUUGUUAAUAUUUGUAUUGUUGUAAUGCUUGAUACUAUAAUUACAUUUUUUGAUUGUUUUGCUAAGCACUUUGGGAUGGCUUGCCAUGAAAGGCACUAUAUAAAAAUGAAAUGAUUGACAAAGUUAUUGAUAAGGAGAUCCCAUUUUUUCAUUUGUUUACAGCCUGCUUUACAUUUAUAACCUCACCCAGAAGCAUGCUCAUUCCAUUCACAGAUUUACAAUAAAAAGAUGGUUUGAAUGAGAGAGGAGACGUGCAAGUGUCUGCAUCUGGGUAUGUAAAUAGCAAAUGGGGGUGCAAUGAAGGCUACACCAUUGCUGGGGUACAAUGAAGAUGUUUCGCCAGUAAUUCUUCAUUGAGAGUAAAGUAAUGGCAUUGAGGGUACCACAUGUAACACCUGUUAAAAAUGUGUGUAUGUAUUUUAUUUUUCCCUCUUCCUUCUCUUGCCUGUACUGUUUCAUUUGAUCAAUGCAUAGAAGCCAAUGUGGUUCAGCGCAUGCAUUUCUGUUUAUCUGUACAGCUGGUGCGUGAGCUGCUGUGUACUGUCUAAUGAACAUGAACAACUUGUGUUGCCUGCAUUACUGUGUAUGAUCAAGCAAAUGUAUCUUUGUCUUUUCCCGGGCUGAGCAUACUGUGACUGCCCCCACGCAACCCCCCUAUUCUCCUUUUUCGCUGGGUUUUAAUAGAAUGUUGCCUGUGUUUUUGUGGUCCAAUAAUUAAUAGGUAUGAAGUACAUUUUACAUAAUCAAAUCGGAACCCAGUGCCCAGGGAUAGCAACCAUUGCCUGGGAUGUUAAUAAAAACGUAACUUUUAACUUUU